CUAACAACACACAGCUCGGAUGUAGCGGUGUUCACCUCGACUGCGGCUUCUUCACAGAAGAGACAGCCACCUCUUCAUCAUCACGCUCAGCCUUAGCCUGUUCUGUCGUCCAUCAUAUUAGUGGCUGUCCGAUGCCGAACACAUCAGAAGGCCAAGGAGCAAACCUGUCUGGGCCAACGGAGCCGUCGGGGCUUCAGAGGCCCACAGACAGGGAGGAGGAGCACAGUCUGAUCAGCUCUCUCGCCCGGGAUGCCGUCAGGGUGAGGCGGGCUUCGAGCGCUGAGCUCCACCUGCCCUGGACCUGCCCGGUCACUCACUCCAGAGAGAAGUUCUACACCGUCUGCUCCGAUUAUGCCCUCCUCAAUCAGGCUGCGUCCAUGUAUCAUCCACCAGCCAGAGACGUGGUCCAGCGCAAACAGGACGACGGGCCGCUGCUGGUGAAGCCCAAACCUUCAGUGGACUUCAGCUCUGGUCAGACUGGAGGAACUCAUGUGGGAUCAGAUGGACACUGUGACAUGGAGGAAGUGUCCUUUGAAAACACCAAGCCUAUUUUAGCCUGGGAGAUUGAUACAGCAGACUUUAAUGCUGUGCUUACCAGAAAAAUAAGAACAAGCAACGGAAAGAAAUGCAGCAGCAAGAAGAUGAAGUCGUCAGAGAGACCCAGCAGGAAUCUGCAAGACGUCCCUCCUCAUGCCUCGCUGGAGGAGAUCAAACAGAGAAAAGUGCUGGACCUCAGAAGAUGGUACUGCAUCAGUCGGCCGCAGUACAAGACUUCAUGUGGAAUCUCCUCCUUGGUGUCCUGCUGGAACUUCUUAUACAGCACUCUGGGAGCAGGGAGUCUUCCACCCAUCUCUCAGGAGGAGGCUCUGCACAUUCUAGGGUUUCAGCCGCCUUUUGAAGAAAUCAAGUUCGGUCCCUUCACCGGCAACGCUACACUGAUGCGGUGGUUCAGACAAAUCAACGACAAUUUCAGAGUGCGAGGUUGUUCCUAUAUUCUGUACAAACCGCACGGAAAACACAAAACGGCAGGAGAAACAGCUGAAGGGGCGCUGAUGAAACUGACACAGGGGCUGAAGGAUGAGACCAUGGCCUACAUUUAUCACUGUCAGAACCACUACUUCUGCCCAGUCGGCUUCGAAGCUACGCCGCUUAAAGCAGCGAAGGCGUACAGGGGUCCUCUACCCACCAAUGAAAUGGAGUACUGGAUCUUAAUAGGUGAACCCAGUAGAAAACAUCCGGCUAUUCACUGCAAAAAAUGGCUGGACGUUGUGACUGACCUCAACACACAAAACCCAGAGUAUCUGGACAUUCGCCACACAGAGAGGGGCAUUCAGCGCCGCAAAACCAAAAAGGUGGGCGGCAACCUUCACUGCAUCAUGGCCUUCCAGAGGGUGAACUGGCAGAAACUCGGUCCCUGGGCCUUAAACCUGGAGAACCUGCGACACGACUUCCACCACUCGGGUACAGAGCGAGCUCACGGGAGUGUCGCCGAGGACGCUGAAGAGAGAGCGUCAUCCAAGCGACUUGCCCACCUGGGACGCUCGCACAGCAUGGGGAGUCAGAAAGACAGCAGCUGGAAACGCCUGUCCAACACGACCGAGUACAGACAGAGGAGCUCGCCUGACAGCGACCUCGAGGAAGACAUCACAGACUGAAAGGUUCAUGGGGACGUACAGGGGAGGAUGAAAUUACAAUAAAGGACAGAGCAGAUGCGUUUUAAAGGACAAGUCUGGUGUUUUUCUGUAGCUGUCAGUCAACAAAUGCCGUGAAAACACCAAAAACAACCAUUUCUUAGAGAAAACAUUCUUUAAAUCUUUAAAAACAAGGUCUCAUUUUUGUAAAAGGUUAAAUCAUUUCUUAAAUCUGUUUAAGAGUUUUUAGUAAAGGUUAUUCUGACAGGAGGAAAUAGAACAUUUGUUAAGAUGGUUUUCAGCAGCAGAUUUCUACACAUCUGAGGCUUUUGAGGGUUUUAACAGCAGCCGGAUGGUGCACAGUGCUUCUGUUCAUUAUAAUCAAUGAACAGUCAGUGUGACCGUGUGGAUCACUGGUGUGUUGCAGUUUUUGGACGACAGUGCAGCAUUGUGGCACACAGGAAUUAAUUAUGUCAGGCUUUUGAUGCUCACACACAACUUGCUAUUCCGACUAGUUCAGUGUUGUUUUUGGUUGUUUGAUAGAUUUGUUGACAGUACAAAAAUAUUAGAGCAUGACCAGACUUCUCCUGAGUAUUUUUAAGACUGUCACAGGUUGAUUCCACUCAUUUUUGAGGCCGUUUUAGUUCUGCAGCUUUAAAGCAAUUAUUCUAUUCAGUGUUUCUCCGUCAGUGUUGCUGAGCAUCUGUCUGCUGUGUUUUCUUUUCACACUGUACUUUCCCUCAGCAGCAAACGAUGCACUGAAAACUGCUUUACACCAUCACUAAGGCAGCUACACCACUGAGCCACAUUCAGUUAGUAAACCUUGUAGCAGUGUGUGCAGCUAUAAAGCAGACUUUCACUAUUUUCCAAGUCAACAUUGCAACAGGUUUUAGCCACGUUUCCACUGAAAGUCGUCCAGAAUGUUUCGAGGAAUAAGGAGGUUUGUUCAGCUCUGUGAUAUCUGUGUCUCCACCAGAGUCUAAAGUGGUGAAUCAGUCAGCUGACAUCAAAAUGUGCCUUUUUUGACAUGAAAAAAUGACGAUAGUAACAAAACUCUAAAGUAGUCUUUCUCAUUGCAGCCCAAAAGCUCAAAUUCCUCCUAAAUAUCUUCCCCUUUCCUCUGCAGCUCUGUGUUGUGUUGAAGAACAAAAACAAAAUUAAUUCAUUUGCAGCUGCAGGUUUUAAAAAAUGUUGUGCUCGUACAGUCAAAACAUUUAUCUACAGAAAUCCCCAAAAGGAACUGAAAGUUACUGAACUUAUGGAAAAUACUCCCCACGUGACCAGGGAACACUCUUAAUGGAAGAUCUAGACUUGGGCUGAUCCAUAAUGCAAUUUGAAAUAAUGAAACUAGGAAGUCACAAAGGUUGCACUGUCAUGUCAUGUAUCCGCCCCAUCGUUUAAACGGUUGUUUCAGUGGUUUCAUGCCGUCCUCCUUACAUGACAUUCGCACUUCAAAUGUGGUAAUGCUCUGUCACAUUUUAAAGCUAUUGCACAGUGAACUGAAGCUUGAUUUUGAAAAAUAUAUUGCUUAUCAGGUCACAAUAUUCUUUAGAAAAAUCUCAAUUAGAUGUAUUCCCCCCAAGUCAUUUAGCCCUCCUUCUGGUGGAAACACAGGUAGAGGAGCUGAGUUCCUCAUCAGGUUCUUUAAUUUGCUGUAAUCGUUCCUCCUUUUCACACCAGAACUGCAGAGAUCCGUUGAAAAAUUUGUUUAAGUGAUGGGAAAGAAAAUCCACAGACCUCAUUAUGUGUGAAAAUACAGAGUUUAUGUGAAGAAAACGUGAGGUUUAAGCAGUCCGAGAUUUGAGGAUAUCUUUAAAAGUUUUUUUUUUUUUUUUUUUAGAGCUGCAACCAAAAAAUAUUCUCACCGUUGAAUAAUUGAAUAGCUAUAAAAUGUCAGAAAAUAUUGAAAAACAUUUAUUAGUGCUCCUUAAAGCCAAAGAUGACAUCCUCAAAUUUGCCACUACCUAAAAAUAUUCCAUUUACCGUCAUAAAAGGGGCAAGAAACCUGAAAACAAUCACAUAAGAAGCUGGAAUCAGAGAAGUUUGAUUUUAUUUCUCUUGAGAAAACACUUCAAUGAAUCAAUUAUUUUUAAAAAAUGGUGUUUCAUUUAAUAGUUGACAACAAAUAGAUUAAUCAUAUCUUUUUUGUAUAAAAUUCACUCUUUUUGUUCAUAUCACCUCUUAACAAAGUAUGCUAUGUGGCUUGGAAAAAAAAUCUCCUAAAAACAUGUAGCAAGCACAAUGAAUCCAGACAAAGCUGCUAAGUGGUCUUAACAGGGCAUUUUCUGAACAGGGCAUCAAAACACGGCCUCAAACUCUGAGUUGCAUCAAAACUCAUUACAGUUUUAAAAACCGAAUCAAAGCGCUUCUGUUAGUUAACCCAGUCCUGUAUGUGAACCAAGAGGAAGACAAGUGUUGGUACAUUUCAUUCCCUUCUACCACAGAUCACACAGACAUUCCUCUGACUUUUAUUACAGUUCCGUCACAUCGUCACAAAGUCACUGCAGUGAUCCUGUAGAGUCGCAUUAUAUUCAGGUAGAGCUGCGUAGAAACACAACAGCACACGCUCACUGCACACCAGUUCAGACACACAUGGUUCAUUGUACAGGUUCAGUCAGUGGGCGUUCUGUGGUUAGUUCAGUGGAAAUGCCGUCCAGUCAAAGUGUCGUGAAAGCAGCUGACGUUUUGUUGUGCUUUGUGAUGCAUAGAUGAUCCCGUUUUUAAAAGAAACAAAGAUGGGAGCUGUACAGAAGUGAAAUUACUCAAAAUGUGAACCACAGAAAGUGAAGACUGCAUGGUUUAUUUUCAUGUUUAUUUUCAUGUUUAUGUACAGAUGUACGCUGUUCCUUUGUUCAACCCUUUGUGGUGCCAUUUGUCUUUGACCCGACGCUGAUGUGAUUGUGUACUCAAGUGGGUUUGAUGUAGUGGUUUAUUUAUCUAUUUCUUUUACAAUAAAAUAAGAUUUUUAUAUA